GCGGGUACGAGCCCGGGACCCGGAGCGGCUGGAGUCCUGCAGCCUACGUGCGGGGACCCUACCAGGAUCUGGAGAAAGGAUCCUGGGACGCAGCGGGACCCAGAGGCCGUUUCCUUCUCGCUAAGAAUAUCAGAGAAGGUUACUGGGAGAAGAAAUGGCAAAUAGUAUCUCACGAGGAUUCUUCAUAGAAGAACUUAAUAAGUACCGUCAGAAGUAUCAAGUAGUUCUUAAGUACCAAGAACUGGCUACAACAGGACCUCCCCAUGAUUUAAGGUUUACGUUUCAAGUUAUAAUAGAUGAGAGAAAAUUUCCAGAAGCUGGAGGCAGAUCAAAGCAGGAAGCAAAAAAUGCUGCAGCCCAAAUAGCUGUUGAUAUACUUAAUAAAGAAAACAAGGCAGUUAGUCCUUUAUCCUUGGCGACAACAGAUACUUCAGAAGGAUCAUCCACUGGGAAUUAUAUAGGACUUGUCAAUAGGAUUUCCCAGAAGGAAAAACUAAAUGUAAAUUAUGAAGAAUGUGAAUUGAGGGAGCAGGAUCCCAAAAAAUUUAAGUAUCAAUGCAAAAUUGGGAAGAAAGUAUAUGGUAUCGGUAUAGGUUCCACUAAGCAGGAAGCAAAACAAUUGGCUGCUAAAUGUGCACUUCAGAAACUAUCAGAAGAAACCCCAAUGAAAACUGACCUAGUACCCUCUGCCGCUUUUGUCAGUCCUGGUAAUGUCAAUAACUGCGGAAGCACAGGAAGCACAAUGAGCUCAUCUUUGUCUGAGCCACUCUCUGAAAAGGACUCCUCAUCAGAUGACUGGACAAACAUUCAGAGCAGUGAGAAUUUAGACAGUUCUGGAUCUUCUUCUAUGAAUGGUCUCAGUAGUAAUAAAAAGAAGAAAAAAAUAAGUUUGGCAGCUAAAUUUGACUCUUAUAACGUAGAGGAAAACCAGUAUACUGUGGACCACAGGUUUGCCAAGGAUUUUAAAGAUAUAGAACGAAUUGGCAAAGGUGGAUAUGGCCAAGUUUUCAAAGCAAAACACAGAAUAGAUGGAAAUAUUUAUGUUGUUAAACGUGUCAAGUAUAAUAACAAGAAGGUAGAGCGUGAAGUACAAGCACUGGCCACAUUUAAACAUCCCAACAUUGUUCAUUACUGCAGUUGUUGGGAAGGAGUCGAUUUUUAUGAGGAUCCUGAAAGCAGUGCAAUAAUAAAGACCAAGUGCCUUUUUAUCCAAAUGGAAUUGUGUGAUAAAGGGACAUUGGAUGAAUGGAUUGAAAAUAGAAGACAAAACGUACCAGACAAAGCUUUGGCUUUGGAAUUAUUUGAACAGAUAGCAGAAGGAGUGCAUUAUAUACACUCAAAAGAUUUAAUUCAUAGAGACCUCAAACCAAGUAAUAUAUUUUUAGUAGGUGAAAAACAAAUAAAGAUUGGAGACUUUGGACUUGUAACAACCCUGAAGAAUGAUGAACUGCGAACAAGAAAAAAGGGAACGUGGCGAUAUAUGAGCCCAGAACAGAUUUCUUCAGAAGAAUACGGAAAGGAAGUAGACAUCUUUGCUUUGGGGCUAAUUCUUGCUGAACUUCUUUACAUAUGUCCCACAAUUUCAGAAACAGUCAAGAUUUUUGAAGAUCUAAGAAAUGGCAUCUUCUCUGAUGUAUUUGACAGCAAAGAAAAAAGUCUUCUACAGAAAUUACUCUCAAAGGAACCUCAGAAACGACCUGACACGUCUGAAAUACUGAAGACCUUGGCCAAGUGGAAGGAUGUCUCAGAGAAAAAAAGAAACACAUAUUAGGGCCCUCUGAAAAAAUAUUCAGCUUCUGGUGUGUGUUUUUCUUUUAAUUAUCUAAAAUCUACUAGGGGAUAUUGAUGGAUAUUUACUGUUUAUUUUAAUUUUUCUUUCCUUAAUUUUUUUUACUGCUUUUGAAUGCAGGUUUUCUUUUUCUUUUUUUGGUACUGGGAAUUGAACCCAGGGGCACUUUAGCACUGAGCUACAUCCCCAGCCCUUUUUAUUUGGUUUUAUUUCUCACUAACUUGCUGAGGGUCUCACAGAGUUGCUGAGGCUGGCCUCAAACUUGUGAUCUUCUUGCCUUAGCCUCCGAAGUUGCUGGGAUUACUGGUGUGAGUCACCACACCCAGAUUUUUGUUUAAAAAAAAAAAACUUCAAAAACAUUUUUACACUUGUUUAUUCCUAUCUUAUCUCUUUAUUCUGUAAGAGAAAAUAUUUUCUUUUUAUACCAAUUAGUGAAUGGACCAAUUAAUAUGGUUAUUAAAAGAUUAAUGUUUCUAGAUGCUCCUUCCCUCAAGAAAAAAAAAAAUCUUUCCUUGCCUUGAAUAGCUUACAAGCCAGUUGAGGAAAUAUGGUAUCUAUAAAAAGUCAAAUGAUAUACCAUCACUUUGGAACUCAAUUUGACAUUAUCUAAUAAAUUUGAAGCUAUAUUUACCUUCAAAGAAAUCAGCUCCAUUCCUAUAUACAUGCUUACAAGAAUGUUUAUAAAAACCCUGUUUAUAAAGGAGUCAAAAGAACUGGAAACAACCAUAAAGCUCAUCAAAAGAAGAAUGAAGAAGACAAUUAUGUUUACAGUUGGGUGUGGUGGUGCACACUUGUAAUCCCAGUGACUCAGGAGGCUGAGGCAGGAGGAGCAAAAGUACAAGGCCAACCUGGGCAACUUAUUGAGGCCCUAAGCAACUUAGGGAGACCUGUCUUAAAAAAAGAAAGAAAAAAAAAAGGACUGGGUGUGUGACUGGGUGUGUAGCUUAGUGGUAGAGUGGCCCUGUGUUCAAUCCCUAGUAUUAAAAGAAAAAAAUUAUAAAAAAAUUCACAUAUUGGAGUGCAUUAAAAAUGAAUGCAUUACAAUGAAAUGAAUACCAAUACAAUAUAUCUCUCAGGAAUGUAAGGUUAGGAGAGCAAAAUAGAUUUCAGAAAAUAUACACAGCAAACUCCAUUUACAUACUAUUAUAAAUCAUGCAAUACUAAAUAUUUUUUUAGGAUUCCCAAGAAAUGUAAUAAAACAAAGGGAAGGAAGGGAAUGAGAAAUAUUAAAUUCUGGAUAGUGGUUAUCUCAGAAGGGAGGGAGAUAAUGUGAGUGGAAAGGAGGACUUCAGAGAUAAUUGUAAUUCUUUCUCUGAAACUGACUGUUGAGUCCACUACACAUUUUCUAUUUAUCUUAAGUAUUUAUUAUGUCUGUUAUAACAAAUGCUUUGAAGAAAAGAUAACUGUGCUAGCUGAAGAGCAGUAGUUAAGAAUAGAAGGGGGGAGCUUUCAACCAACCUCAGGGCUUAGAAGUAACAUGCCAAUGAGACCUCCAAGCAUGUGAAGUAUUUGAAAGAGGAGAGAGCUCACCUGCACAGUCUGGGAUAGAGGCAUGGCAUGAGUUCUGGAAAAGAUGUAUUUGAGGAAUGUUGGGUGUGCUAGUUCACUGUCCUAAUUUUGUAGAAAAUGCUGGAAGAUAAUUUGAAUUGCAUCUUGGAAGACCUUGAGGGUUAAUUGAGUCUUCAGAGCAAUCAAGUGUCAUUCUAAAGCUGUCAUGCAAUUUUACAACUUUUAAAAGUGAAUCAAGUAAUCCCAGUGGCUUGGGAGGCUGAGGCAGGAGGAUCAAGCUAGCCAUAGCAAUUUUAUGAGGCCCUAAGCAACUUAGUGACACCUUGUUUCAAAAUUUAAAAAAAAGUGUGUGGGGGUUGUUGAUGAUGUAGCUCAGUGAUAAAGCACCUCUGGGUUCAAUCCCCAGUACCAGGAAACAAACAAACAAACAAACAAACAAAAAAAAAAAAAAAAAAAAGCUAGCCAAAUUUUGGCUAAGCAGAGUAAGAGAAAAUACUUAUAUCAAGGUUUAUACCUAUUUUUAAAAGUAUUCAUAAAAAUGCUUAAUAUGUGUUCAACUCCCAGUGCAGUAUUUGAUUAAGGCAAAGUUCAUCAAUGGAUGCUAAAACAAUUGGGUGAAAAGAUGUUGGGAAACAGAAUAUUCAAAAGGGUUUAAGUGUUAUCCCACAGAUGAUAUAUUACAAAGAGGAAAAUGUCCUUUUACAAUGGAGAGAUCUGUGGUAACUACAAUAACCAAAUCAUUCAAUCUAGUAUCACACAAGGUGGAACAACCUAACAUAUGCCCCUCCUGACAUGAUAGAAACAUUAUACAAUAGCAUCUAGCUUUCUUGCCCAAAGGGUCUGACUAGAAUUCAGUCAUGAAGAAAUUAUUAAAUCCUGAAUGUAGUCAAUGUAGUCAUUCUACAAGAUAAUGGACUUAGUCUUCAAAAACUCAAAUGUCAUGAAAAAAAAAGUAGGGGAACUAUUCUAAAUGGAGACAAGAGAGAUCUAAUGAUAAAAGGCAAUGCUUGAAUCUUUAUUGUAUUCUGUACAUUAAAAAAAAAAAAUCCCAGCAAACGGCUACAAAAGACAUUUUGGGAACAAAUUGAGAACUUUUUGAGUACAGACUGCAUAGUAGGUAACAAUGUAAUUGUUAAUUUUCUCAGGUGUGACAAUAGUUUUGUGGUCAAGGAGAAACAUUUAUUCUUAGCUAAUGUAUGCAGGAAUAUUUAGGGGUAAAGGGUCAUGAUGUUUGGGACUUUCAACUGGUCAGUAAGAAUUGGUGCAUAUAUGGAGAAGGAAAGAGAUGGAGAGAGAGGAUGCAAAUAUGAUAAAAUGUGUAGGUUGUACUACUAUUUCAACUUUUCUGUAGGUUUGAAAGUUUUAUGGGUGGAUAGAAGUUUUUUUUCUUUCUCUUUUUUCUUUUAACUAAUAAUGUCUGGUUUCAAUGAAUGAGGAUAUACUUAAAAAGAAAAAUUUAAGAAGGUGGCCAUGAGAAUGUAGCCUUUUAACCUUCCCUUAGUGCAAUAUUUCUAUUCUUAUGAAAAAAUAUAGCAUCUCUUAGCAGCUAUUUAUUUGUGAAUAUAUAUCUUUUCAGCCUCAAAAAAAUAGUAAAUAAAAAAGUAUCUUCUUAAUCAGAGGAGAGAGGCAAGAGCCAGGGACCUUAUUUGCAGAUAGUUUUGAAAGAGCCAUUUGAUCUAGUUACUUAACUAGAAACAGGCCUUCUCGUUAAUUUUUAAUUGCUACACAUGCAUAUUAUUUGUUAAAUAUGUGUGUUUAUUUAACAUAAACAUAUGUAACAUGCAUGCAUGCUUACAUUAUUUAUGUUAAAUAUGUUUAGCAUAUAUAUAUAUAUAUAUGCACACAUAUAUUCAUAUUUAUGUGUGGAGUAUGUGUAUACAUGUGUGUGUAUGGCCAGCCACCUAAUUUGUGGGACCAACUACAAAGUGUAAAUGUAGGGCCCUUGUUAAAAAAAUUAAAGGUGGACACUUCUGAGCAUGGUCUUGUGCACAGAUCACAUGUCUGUGAAGCCAGCUCUGUGUGUACAUAUGUAUGUGAGUAUCUGAGAAGAAAAUUUUAAAAAUCAUUUCACUUGUAAAUAUUUAAAAAUGUAUCUCUAAUAAAUAAGGUAUUUUAGAUUUUAGCAAAACCACUAUAUCAUUGUCACUUAAAAUUAAUAAGAUUUUUUUUAAUAUCAUACAAUAAUUAAUCUGCCUUCAGUUUUGUUAUCUCAAAAUAUCUUUUUAUUGCUUGUUUAAGUCUGGAUCCAAUAGUACAUUUGGUUAUAGGUCUCUUGUACUCUAUAACAUUUACCUCUGUUUUCUUUCCUUUUGCCAUGUAUUUAAAGAAGGACCUGGAUCAUUUGUCCUGUAGAACAUCCUACAUUUAGGAUUUGGCUGAUGGUAUCCCCAUGAUGUCUAGUUAGAUCUAGAAGCUUGAUUUGAUUCCGGUUCACUUUUCUUCAAGAGUACUUCAUAGGCGAUGCUGUAUACUUAUUUUUGCAAUACUUCAAGAGGAACAAGAUGCCUGAUUGUUCCAUUUUCAGUGAUUUUUAGAUUGAUCUGUAGGUUAUAGUGGUGUAAUCCACUUUAAGGCUUUCCAUCAUUCUUUUACCUUACAGUUUGAGAAACCAUUGAUGAUUGUUGCCUGGGUCCAUUAUUUCAUUUUAGGGUUUGCCAAAUAUUGAUUUUCUGAUUCUACCAAACUUCUUGCAUUUAUUAUUUGUGAUUUUUCUAUAGAUAACUUUCUCUAAAGCUGAAUGGGAAAGAGGGAUAAGUAUUUAUCAAGUUUAUUUUUCAGUGUUACUGGGGCUCGGACCCAGGGCCUUGUACACAUGAGGCAAGCAACUACAUUAGAUUGCACCAUAUGUUUAUCCCUUUUUUUAAAAAAAUAUUUUUUUAGUUGUCAAUGGACCUUUAUUUUUUAUUUACAUAUAUGUGAUGCUGAGACUUGAACCCAGUGCUCCACACACACUAGGCAAGCACUCUACUACUGAGUUACAACCCCAUCCCCCUACUUCUCCCUUUUUAUACUAUAUUAACACGGUUUCCCUAAGUUGUCCAGUCUGGCCUAUAAUAGAGAACCCUCCUGCUUUAGCCUCCAGAGCAGUUGAGUAGCUAUAUUUUGACAGGCAUGUACUAACCAGCACAUGACAAUGUUUAUUGAUUUUUUUAGAAUGAGUUAGUGCCUAGCAACCUCCAAAGGUGACAAAUGAGUAUUUUUUUUUUAAACAGGGGUGUGGUCCAACCAGUACUUGGAAUUAAUGUGCUUAGAAUGGGUUAGAGCAGGAAGAGACUCUAUUUGAAAGGUUAGAAGGCUGAAGGACUAAGCUUGAACAACAGGAGAUGUGAGGGUUAUGGAAAAGGUCAAGGUCAAAGAUUAUCUCCAGGUUUGUUCAGGUGAGUGGCAGGAUUUGGAUGCCAUUAAAUAAAAUAUAAUCAGAUGAAACCCAAGAAUCACAUAUGUUUGAGAGGUAUUUUACUUGUCUCACCUUUACCUAAUACACAGUUUUUAGUAAUUUGGAAUUUAAACCAGUAGUGGGGCCACCAUCCAUCCAUCGAUAUGGUGAGGUACGUUCGGAAGGUAAAAUGUUGAGUCCCAUUUGGAGAUCCAAGUUGGAGGCAUUGCCAGAGGGGGAAGAUGCAGAGACUGCAAGAAGUGCAGGUAGGAAACAUUUGUAUUUAGAUGUUUACUGGCUACAUAUAAAUGCCUGUCCAGUUGUCACUGGCUAUAGUUCAGUACCUAUGAUUUUGACCUAUCCUUAUCCUAAUCCUUCAUUUUCCCAAAAUGGUCAUAGAUGAAGGGAUCAAUUAAUAAAUGUAUGGUGACAUCACUACUGGCUUCAAUUCUAACUUAAAAACUGCAAAUAAGCAAAAUUGUAAGGGAAAUAAAAUGCUUCUCAGAUAUGUGUGAUCUUUUGGGGACUAAUUUGGUUAAGACCUAUUUUAAUUUCUGUGGUUGUAGUAACAGAUUACUACAAAUUUGAUGACUUCAAACAACACAUAUUUAUUUUAUUAUAGUUCUGGAGGCCAGAAAUGUAGAAUGAGUUUCUCUUGGCUGAAGUUUUGGCAGGGCUGUGCUCCCUGGAGGCUCCCAUUACACAUCCCACAUUCUGUUACCGGAUUAAAGACCCAGAUGCACAUGUCUGUCUUCUCCUAUCAUUUCUACUGAAAAUCCUGCAACUUUUUUUUUUUUUGGUACUGUGGAUUAAACACAGGGGUGCUUUACCACUGAACCACAUCCCUAAACCUUUCUUAUUUUUUUAAAUUUUGAGACAGGUCUCACUAAGUUGCUGAGGCUGGUCUUGAACUUAUGAUCCUUCUGCCUCAGCCUCCUGAGUCACCAGGAUUACAGGCAUGCACCACCCUGCCCAGGUCUGUGUAACUUUUUAAAAUAAUGGUUUUAAAUAAAUGUUGGUGAGGAUGUGGGGGAAAAGGUGCACUCAUAUAUCGCUGGUGGAACUGCAAAUUGAUGCAACCACUUUGGAAAGCAGUAUGGAGAUUCCUCAGAAAACUUGGAAUGAAACCACCAUCUGUCCCAGCUAUCCCACUCCUUGGUUCAUACCCAAAGGUCUUAAAAUCAGCAUACUACAGUGACACAGCCAGAUCAAUGUAUAUAGCUGCUCAACUCACAAUACCAAACUAUGGAACCAAUCUAGGUGCCCUUCAACAGAUGAAUAGAUAAAGAAAAUGUGGUAUAUAUACACAAUGGAAUAUUACUCAGCCUAAAGAAGAAUGAAAUGAUGGCACUUGCUGGUAAAUGGACAGAGCUGAAGAAUAUCAUACUAAGUGAAAUAAGCCAAUCCCCCCAAACUAAAGACUGAAUAUUUUCUCUGAUAUGUGGAUGCUAAUUCACAAUAAGUGUGGGGCUGGGGAAAAAUAGAGGUACUUUGGAUUAGGCAGAGGGGAGUGAAGGGAGGGGAGGGGGUAUGGGGAUAGGAAAGAUAGUAGAAUGAAUUGGACAUUAAUACCCUACGUGUAUAUAUGAUUACACGACCAAUGUGAUCCUACAUCAUGUACAACCAGAAGAAUGAGAAGUUACAAUCCAUUUACGUAUGAUGUGUCAAAGUGCAUUCUACUGUCAUGUAUAACUAAUUAGAACAAAUUAAAAAAAUAAAAUAAUGAUUUUAUUGAGUUCA